AUGGCUUCAAAACGGCACUUGGAGUCUCUGGACCCCGUGAUUUUCAACAAGCUACCUCGGCUGGAGACGGAGCCCGCCGCUGGCUUCCCCAAUGGCCUCUGCAAAUCCAGCCCUGUGCCCAACCCUGGCUCCGAAAACCAUUUCAACUACAAGGGCUCCUACUUCGCCUGCCCGCUGCAAAGCCCCGAUGGCCCCGAGCAGCCCCUGGUGCGCUGGAGCCCAUCGGCCGCCUACCUGCACUAUGGCACCGGUGCCGGCAGCCAGCCCACGCCGGCGGAGGGGUCGCUGGUGAGCUGCCUGCUGUACCGACCCGAGAGCCUGGGGACCGGGCUGCAGCCCCCGGGCACCGAAAAGGGCAAGGACAGCCUGAUGCGGGAGCUGCUGAUGACCUCCGCCGGUCAGUAUUUCGCCACCCUGCACACCUCGCUCUGCGACAUUAUUUCGUGCUCGGUGUCCAGGUCCUCCCCGGAGCUCCUGCGGGAGUGGUUGAAGAAGGCAGAGCCGGCGGAGGAGCUGGGAGAGAUGCCCAAAUCCCCCCCCAAGCCCAAGAACGGCUCCAAGAUCCCCGAACCUCAGAAGCCCACCAAAGGCAAGGAGAUCUGGCUGGCUUUCCAGGAUGUGGCCGCUCUUCUCACCAACCUGCUCUCUCAGCUGGAGACCUUCAUGUUCGCUCGCAAGUGUCCUUUCCCCCACGUAGUCCGGGCAGGGGCCGUCUUCAUCCCCAUCCACGUGGUGAAGGAGAAGCUCUUCCCCAAGCUCGCCGGGGCCUCCGUUGACCAAGUGCUCCAGGAGCACAAGGUGGAGCUGCGCCCCACCACGCUCUCGGAGGAGAGGCACUUGAGGGACCUGGAGCUGAAGAGCUGCACGUCACGCAUGCUGAAGCUCCUGGCGCUCAAGCAGCUCCCUGACAUCUACCCGGACCUGCUAGCACCCCAGUUGCAGAUGCUUUUAUAUAGGAAUAGCUCAUGGAGAGAUCUUGUCAACUUUGAUUAA